AUGGCGUUACCAUUUGUUAAGAGCGUGGGAAUUACAGAUUUUAUUCUGGAUGUUCUGGUGAUUUUGGUCCCUGUUCCUCGAAUAUACCAGCUUAACACGACGUUGGCAAACAAGGUUGCUAUCAGUUUGGCAUUUGGGCUUGGAGUUGUUGGCACCAUCGCGUCUUGCGUCCGAAUGGCGAAAUUUUACAAACUGGCGAACGCCGACGAAGCUGUCAAACUCACAGCCGACCCGCGCGUCUCGGACACGGAAUCAGUCUACUGGUCUAUGUUAGAAUCCGGCCUUACCUUGAUCGCGGUCAUUCUGCCCUCUACCUGGAGGUUGAUGACCAAAACUGCAUCUAAGGCAAUCCUUCGCAGCCUCCGCAGUCUCGUUUCCCUCCCUUCAAAACCAUCAAGCGCCAAUACGGGUACGAGCAAGCCAUCUGAGUUGCCGAACAUGCAACUUCAGAACCCAAUUGCUGGCAAAGGCGUUGAACGCGAUGGUUGGUACGAGAUGAAUAUGGCGAGGGAUAUGGAAGCUCAGUGA